CUGUACAUGGGACCUGCUACGAACCAAAACAAAAGCGAGGAUUCUGAACGGAGAGGAUCAAAACUCUGACAGACGGAGGUUAGAUUCUGAAAGACGAGCAGAAGAAAGAACCUGGGGCUGAGUUCAGGCUUUGACGAUGGGAGACAUAAAAAAGGGCAAGGCGACGUUCGUGAAGAAGUGUGCGCAGUGCCACACGGUGGAGGAGGGCGGACGGCACAAGGUGGGGCCCAACCUGUGGGGCCUGUUCGGGAGGAAGACGGGACAGGCCCCCGGGUACAGCUACACCGAGGCCAACGUCAAGAAGGGGAUCACGUGGAACGAGGAGACUCUGCGGAUUUAUCUCGCCAACCCCAAAAAAUACAUCCCAGGAACCAAGAUGAUCUUCAGCGGAAUCAAGAAGAAAAGAGAAAGAGAAGAUCUGAUCGCCUACCUCAAAGACUCCACCUCCUGAGACCACAGACCCGAGACCACAGACCACAGACCAGACCUGAGACCACAGACCAGAGACCACAGACCAGACCUGAGACCACAGACCAGACCACAGACCAGACCCGAGACCACAGACCAGACCACAGACCAGACCACAGACCAGACCCGAGACCACAGACCAGACCUGAGACCACAGACCAGACCACAGACCAGACCUGAGACCACAGACCAGACCUGAGACCACAGACCAG